CUGAGUUAAAAGGCUUUUAGCACCAUGCAGCAAUGCCCUCCAUGCGCAUGGUUGCACUGACAGUUGUGUUGUUCAUUGGCUACAUCUGCUUAGGCAGUGCAUUCGUCUUCCCUCGCUGGCUGCAGCGCCGAAACGCACACAAUAGACGAAGAUCCCACCAUCCCACCCUCCCCUACUCCUCUCUCUCUAGCCAUGGGAAUGGGCACUUGCCCAAUGACAGGGAGAAGAACGGCGACAAUGGCCAGCACGGCAGUCGACCAGCAGCGGGGGAUGGCGCGGGUCCCGUGUAUGACGCGCCUCUUCGCAGUGAGCGGCUCGUGAGGCGUGUCGGGCAGUUCCUAUACAAACACAAAGGUCAGCACACAAAAGCAUGGUUUUCCUGUUUGCUCGAUGAGUGCUUGUUUUCCUGUCAGUCCCGUUUCGCUCAUACCACUCUUCGUCUUCUCAUGGCUUUGUUGGCCACCGUGCGCCACCCUCCCCUCCUCUCACCGAAGACACCGUCCCCGAGCCGCCGCCCUCUUUUCCCCCACCCAACCACACAUUUGAGUCGGCAAGCCCACAGGCCAUCGAAUCGUCGAUGCCCGACGGUUCGUCAGACUCGGCCAUGUGGGUUGUGCCGGCCAUCCCUCUCAACUGGCCACACCAACACAACGAAGGGAGUAAUGAGCAGCCGGGACCGUCUGAUGGGAUGGCCGGGGAUGGAGUCAGAUGUGAUGAGCUGAACGGCGCCAGCUGUCUUCGGCAUAAGGGGUGUGCGCUUGUGGGCGAUGCGUGCCUCGACUGGCAGGCGGUCAACAUCACUUCAUGCGACGACGUGACCCGCCUCAGCCGACACACACUCAAGUGCAACCCUUCGUCCACAACCUCAUCCCCACGGGGGCUUCCAGAAGUCAAUGAGACAGCAGCACGCCGGCCGUCAGCACCCCCACCACCAGCAGAUGGCGACGUGCAGCACUCUCAUGCUGCCAAUGAGAGUGGUGCAGCGGCCGAGGAGAGUGAUGUGGAUGCCUUAGAGGCGGAGGAAAUUGAAGAGGAUACCGACAAACCUGGUCAGUCGUAAGUACUGACGGGAAAAGACAAUCGCUGACGGAUGUUUGUUGUGUCCGUCUUUGGUCAGACUACUGUGCAGUGAUGUCAUCCCUGCAGCCAGUGGCCUCCACCAUUGACAGUGACCACUUCAUGGGCCUCGGCGAGCACUUCACAGACAUACAGGGAUGCUACAAACCCAUAUUCUCACUACCAGUACGCUCACACACACGCAGGGAAUGCCAUGGUGACAUCACAUGCAAGGAUACCGCCUCUCGGUUCCCCCCUAGGUUGGCAUCUUACCUUCCAACGCAGGCGGCAUUCUUCGUGUUGUGGCCGUCAUCCGCACACGCGUCGAGUCCCCCACCCCAGCCGUCCAGACAGCCAUCCGACUGCUCAACAAAGCCAACCCCCUGUUCCUCGUCCAAGAGGCCACUAGCAGACGCCAACAGCAUCAGCAAGCACCCUCACGCCUUCAUCUGGCCCUUCACGUGGGCACUGCUGAUGGCGGCGUGGCAUAUGGGGUGGAGCUGCCGUCUGCGGGAGAGGAGAUGGUUGGGGACGUGCGGUUCAUGGCUGGGGAGGGGUCUGUGGAGAGCGAUGUGCCGAUAGAGGUGACAGAAAUGGUGGAGGAGACAUAUAAACAGAAGGGCGACCUUGACAGCAAGGGAAAGCCCUGGCGAACAGCAUUCAUGGUACGCACCAUGCACAUUGUGCACCGUACAAAGGAUGAUCUUUUCCCAAUUGCUUUUCCCAUUUGCCUAUGCCCCCCACACACACAGUUAUCUCCCGCCGACGGCCAGGUCCGUGUCUCUCUGCGGAGGGGCUUUGGAGGCUACGCACAUACCUUUGCAUUAAAGAAGGGAGCGCUCAAAGGCCCAGCAUCCGUCCGGCUGAUCGGCAUCUCAGGGGCAAAGCCAGGUGACAUCGGCACAUCACGUCACGGACAUGCAUGAUCAUGCUCUCUUUCAGUAAGUGGCGUGACUGUCGAGUCGCUUGACGCUGAGGUGUCUCCGUGUCUCAAGCCUCUCCCCACCCAAGCCCCUUCACCGCCCCCUCUCCCCCCACCAGAUACAGACAUGGAGCCCAAUUUCGACGCCGUCGACCGCGACAGCAGAGGCGACGGAGAGGAGCCCACAGAUCCAGAGGCCGACAAAGAAAUCCCUACUGAGGAAGAAGGUAAAAGGCGAGUUUGUCCAUGGCAGUAUUUUCAUUCUGUGUAUGUGUGUGUGUGUGUGUGCGUGUCUAACCUCUGUAUGCAGAUUGCGUCCAUUGCGGUCAGCUGAUGGCCUGCAUCGAUGGGUGCGAGGGCGGGCCGACAGCCAAGAGCCCCGUGUGCCUCCAGCGGUGCUAUGACGAAUUUCUCGAGGACGAGGGGCUGCACACAUAUGACUACGGCUGGAAGAUGGAGCUCGACACGACGCCACAACCACUCGCCGAGACCACCACCACUGCACAGCCGACACCUGCAGCUACGACGGCCCUCCCGCCGCAGCAGCCGGGGGCUCCUGUGGCCCCCGUGGCACCACCACCACCACCACCGGCGCCCGUGCCAGGAGCAGCUAACCCUCCCGUGCAUCCAGCACCAGCCGCCCCAGUCAACCCAGUGCCGCCUGCUGCUCAGCCAGUCGAAGAUACCAACGUGACCCAGCCAUUGGCGCCCACACCUCCAUCUCCAAGCCCCGUGGCGCCCGUGCUCCCGCCCCCACCUCUGCCACUUCAGCCGUCCAAUGCGGCGGGCAAUGAACCGCCAGUCGCUGCCCCUCCAGUGCCCCUCACACCCCCACAGCCUGUUCUGCCCCCAGCCAACACUACCCCUCCCUCUCCCCUCCCGCCGAUCGCCCCUGUGGCCCCUGCUGUGUCGAAGACACCACAAGGACCAACAUAUGAGGAGGGCACGUCAGUCCCUCCGGCGUCGAGCGAGGUGCCUCCUGGUGGGGGAUCGACGACAGGGGUGAUAGAGGGUGAGCUCGUGACCACCACGACCACCCCUGCACCCACUACACCGCCGCCUGAAGAGGUGUCUCCCGUGACGAUACCUCCGCAGCUGGAGCAGCAGAUGGAAGAACUCGACAGAGGUACGUUGGCAGAGACAGGGAUGGGGAAAGUAUAUGCCACGGCGUGUCUCCUUGCAGCCAACGAGUCGGUGGCAGACAGGAUGGAGGAAGAGAAAGAGGAGCUGAAGGAGGAAGGUAAAGGCAAAAGACACUAGAAAUCACCAGGAGCCGCACAACCAUCCUCGGUGUGUGUGUGUGUGUCCGUUGUUCAUGCAGCAGAGAAGGCACUGGAUGAGGCGGAGAGAGCGGUGCAGGGCACCACAACGACAGUCGUGCCCAUCGCGGCUGAUAUCGAGUCGGCCAGCCCCUCACCAUAUAUGACGAGUGAUAUCAUGACGACUUUCGGUCCAGCCAACACAGAGGGACCAUCCUGACUAGUGACAUGUACAUGAAUGGCACUGUGUGCAUAUGACAAUGACAAUGACAAUGACAAUGACUUGGUGACACUGAAGGCGCAUGUCAUCGC